UGUAGUACAGCCCACAGGCAUUGCACGUGACAUGGCCCUCCGCGUCGCGUCUCCAUAGCGGCGUGUAGUCUGUGCCGCAGUUGAAGCAGAUGGAGCGCUCGCAGGCUGACCCAGCCUCGCUGAUCCCUGCCGAGCCGCCCCGGUUGCCCUGGCUGCCCGCCAGCGCCGAGCUGCCUGCAGCCGCGAUAGCUGCGGCUACGCUUGGGGGAAUGCGGCCGGGGCCGAUGGCGCUCUCGGGGAUCGGGCCGACAAUGUUUCCUUGCUCGUCUGUCGCUGCGCCAUUGGCAAUGGCUGCUGCCCGCUCCAGCAGCAGUCAGCCGCCGCACGACCCCGCCGGCGUUGACGCCCAGCGACCGCGGCGUGUGCGGCAGGUGCUUCUGGUUGUAGGCCGGGCAGCCAUUACACGACGGCCCUCCGCCCUUCCCGUUGCAGGUACCGUUGCCCGGACAGGUUCCCUCGUCGUGCGAGUGGCUGCAGUUGCCACCGCUGCACGAAUGCGAGGACGGCGCAGAAUCAUCGGGCUUCGACAAGGCUGCGGCGGCUGCGGCCUCGGCCUGGCGCUGGGUGCGCUUCAGCGACGGUGGGCGCAUCUUGCCAUACGAUUUCAAAUACAGCCCGCAGGCAUUGCAGAUGGGCUGGCCACGCGGAUCGCGUCUCCACAGCGGGGUCUUGGUUGUGCCGCAGUUGACACACGUCAUCGGGCCAACCGGCGGGGCAACCGCUGCCUUCGAUGUCUUACUAGCCGCCUUUGUGUCUGUGGAGCCGCUCUCCUGGCCACUGGUGCCCGGUGGGCCGCCCUCAGCUUUGCCCGCAUGUUUGCCGCGCUUCGCCUGCGGACCCAGAUUGCCUGCCGAGGCCACCAGCUGCCCGCUUAUUGGUCUUGCCGACGCGCUUGGCAAUAAAGGUGACGCCCAUCGAGGCCGCCUUCA